CUCCCACUCCCUCUCUCUUCUCGGUGGCCUAUCCUGGAUUCUCUGCGUGAUACCUCCAGAUACAUCCAAUUCCCUCACACCAUGGCUCAACCGGUUUCUUGCUGCUUGCCCAAGUUUGGCACGAGUGUUCACGGGCCGAAACGCCCUGCUUCGUUGAGGGCCAGGACGAAUCCGUCCCAGACUCUCCAGUUGCUGGCCGCGUGGGACCAAGGCCAAUUAGAUUCCUUACUCAAGGCCUCAUGGGCCUUGCUUCUUCAUCGCUAUACAGGCCUGGAAGACAUCUGCUUUGGCUACCAACCAAUCGGGGUGGAUGCCCCCUCGUCAGAUACUAUACAUAAUCAUAAUCUCUUAACUUUUAAUCUUACCAUCACCGAGGACGACUCCGUCCACACCAUUCUGCGCCACUUGGAGGGGAUGAACGAGGCUAAAAGAUGCAAAAGUUCGAGCUCGAGUGGCCACAGUUAUACCCUCUGCAACACCCUGUUGAUGCUCCGCAAUUGUCGCAGUCCCGCCAAAGACUCGCGAGCCCCUCUUGUGCAACCGGCCUUGGCGAUUCCCCUCCCCGACCAGUGUCGCGUUAGGAUUCACGUCAAGGUCCUGCAAGAGGAUGUUGGCAUCUUCUUGGAGUGGUGGCACAAUGACAUGUCCACCGAGCAUAUGAAGAGCAUUGCCGACUACUUUGAGCAGAUUCUUGCGCGCGUCCUUUCGUUAGAAGAUACACUCACCAGAGACUUGAACCAUUUCUCGGAUAGAGACUGGUCCCGAGUGUGCAAGUUCAAUUCAGCUCUUCCAGAGGCACACGAUCGUUGCAUACACGAAGUCAUUCAGGAGCAAGUCCUGAUACGCCCGGAAAGUGAAGCCGUUUGCGCGUGGGAUGGAAGUUUGACUUACCGAGAUUUGGACCUUCUCUCGUCCCAAGUUGCCUACCACCUUCACGCACACGGAGUCGGUCCUGAAACUUGUGUUGCUCUCUGUUUUAAUAAAUCAAAAUGGAAUAUCGUCGCAAUGCUAGGUGUUCUGAAAGCUGGCGGUGCUUUCGUCCCCCUUGACCCGACACAUCCAACCUCUCGCUUACAGUCAUUGGUGCGCGCCGUAAAGGCCAAGGUUUUGCUUUGCUCCAGAAGUCGUGUGGGAGCUUUGACUGGGGUGGCAGAAACCUUAGUCCCACUGGAUCAGGACGCCAUAGACGAAUUCUCUCUUUCAGCCGAAGGAGUACCUCAGUUGCCCGAAGUAAAAGGCUACAAUGCGGCCUACGUGAUAUUCACUUCAGGAUCUACUGGCGAACCAAAGGGUACCAUGCUGGAGCAUAGAGCCUAUGUGUCUGGUGCUUUUGCCCAUGCUACACCGCACAAGAUGUUUUCAACUUCGCGUGUCUUGCAGUUUGCGGCGCACACAUUUGACGCAAGCCUUGUAGAAAUAUUAACCACCCUGUUAGUAGGAGGUUGCGUCUGUGUUCCGAGUGAAGAAGAACGCUUGAGUGACAUUGUCAAGGUCAUCAAUGAGAUGAAUGUGAACCAUGCCAUCUUGACACCCUCUUUCGUUGAGUUUGUUGACUCUUCACAAGUCCCGGGGCUUGAAACCUUGAUCCUUGCCGGAGAGGCUAUGUCACAAGGCCAGCUAGUGACAUGGUCUUCCGCGCUGCAACUUAUCAACGCCUAUGGCCCUACGGAAAGCUCCGUUGCUGCCGUCAUUAAUUCCAAUGUCACACCAUCUUCCGACUGUCGGGAUAUUGGACUCCGGGUGGGAGUACGUUGUUGGCUUGUGGAUCCAAGCAACCAUGAUCAACUUGUACCAGUUGGCUGUCCGGGUGAAUUAGUGCUCGAGGGACCGACACUAGCUCGAUGCUACCUCAACAAUCCGCAAAAGACAAAUGAAUCGUUCAUCUACAAUCCGGCCUGGGCGAAGAAGGAUGAUGUCGAGGGCGCUGACCGAAGAAUGUAUAAGACGGGUGAUUUGGUAAGGUAUAACUCUGACUCUGGCUCACUGUCGUAUAUAGGGAGAAAGGACACCCAGGUGAAGUUCCAUGGACAGAGACUUGAAUUGGGCGAGAUCGAAAAUCACCUUGCUGCCGACCCAAUUGUCAAGCACUGUCUGGCUUUUCUUUCAAAAUCCGGUUUCUCUGCAGGCAAAUUAGUAGCGGUCAUAUCCCUAUCGGUUCAUUUCGAAAGCCAAUCAGACCCAGAUGCAGCGCCACUGAAGCUCCUCGAGCCAUCCAAGAAGGCCCCUAUUGUUGCAGAGGUUCGUGAAAGGUUAUCGACUCGGCUACCGACAUACAUGAUCCCUUCUGUUUGGUUGUGUGUGGAAGCACUACCGUUGCUUGCAUCUGGCAAACUGGACAGGAAGGCCACCGCAAAAUGGAUUGGCGACAUGGAACAAGACCCGGAUGCGCAAGUCAUCAAGGUCAAUACCUUUUCUACGGAGAAAGCGAAUUACCCGACCAGCACUACCGAGGAGCAGCUCGCUUCGAUAUGGUGUCGCGUUCUCAAUCUUCCCCGAAAUCAAAUUAGCCUUGACGAAGGCUUUUUAAGCCUUGGUGGCGACUCAAUUGCCGCUAUAACAUGUCUGGGAUACUGCAAGAAGCAAGGAAUGGGCCUGACAGUACAAGAAGUGCUUCAUAGCAAAUCCAUCAAAGAGUUGGCGACUCGCGUGAAACGAGUCGACCGGUCUGUUGUGUACCAAGAACAGAUCGAUGAGCCGUUUGACCUUUCGCCAAUUCAGAAACUUCACUUCAUGGUUCGGAAUGAGGGCCAAGGCCAUUUCAAUCAAAGCAUUGUCACCCGUCUGAAUCAGCACGUUGAUGAGAAAGAUAUACGGCGCGCAAUUGAAGCCAUUGUUAACCGCCAUUCGAUGCUCCGUUCCCGACUGGUUCAGUCAGGAGUCGAAGGGAAACUGCGGCAACGCAUCACUCGAGAUGUAGCAGGCUCAUACCGUUUGCGAUCCCACAAUGAUAGCAGCCAAAGCGAGAUCGACGGAGUCAUCUCAAAUAGCCAGUCAUGCAUCGAUGCCUUUGUUGGCCCUGUGCUUGCUGUUGAUGUUUUCUACAAAGACAACAAUGCCUGUCUGCUAUCAUUGGUCGCGCAUCAUUUGGUAGUCGAUAUCGUUUCUUGGAGGAUUAUUCUGGAAGACUUGGAGGACCUACUGACCAAUCCCAAUCAACCGACAUCACAAAGUGGCUCCCUUCCGUUCCAAAGCUGGUGUCAAAUCCAAGCCGACCGUUGCCAAACCUCGACAGCAGAGAGAAAAAUGGAUUUACCUGACGUUCCCGCACCGGACUUUGCUUACUGGGGAUUGGACACUCGCCGGACCACCUAUGGAGAUGUGGACUGUGAAACCUUCGAGCUCGAUAGUGAUGUCACUCACCACAUCUUGAUGAAAUGCCAUCAGAGUCUCGAGACUGAGCCGAUAGAUGUGUUUUUGGCAGUCUUACUCCAUUCAUUCGGUCAGACAUUCAAAGACCGGCCACUGCCAAUCAUUUACAACGAAGGACAUGGUAGAGAAGUCUGGGAUUCAUCAAUAGACAUCUCGCGUACUGUUGGCUGGUUCACCACCCUCUAUCCCAUACUCCUGUCGAGCCUUCCUGCUGAAAACCCUACGGAAACGGUUGUGCGUGUCAAGGACUUGCGCCGGCGGGUUUCAGAUAAUGGUCGCCAUGAUUUCGCACGUCGCAUGUUGAUUCCGCGUGAAGAUGGAGGUUGUUUACACCAUAGCCCCAUGGAAGUUUCGUUCAACUACGUUGGCCAGCACCGUGAUCUACAAAGGAAAGAUGGCCUCUUUCAGCUCAUGGACCAGAUGGCUGGAGAAACUGGCCGAGGAGGCGGGCCGGCUGACUUUGGCGAGGAUACUCCUCGCUUUGCGCUGUUCGAAAUUUCUGCGAUGGUCGUGCAGGGGCAACUUCGCUUUAUUUUUUCUUUCAAUAGGGACAUGCAGCACCAACAAGCUAUUCGUGACUGGGUGACAUGUUGCCAAACCCUACUCCAAUCCCUGGGUGAACAGUUACAGUCCCUCCCACCGAGGCCAACGCUGAGCAGUUUUCCCAUGUUAACAUUGACAUAUGAGGAACUGGAAGCCUUGGUAUCCAAAAAGCUCCCAAGUGUUGGUGUCAACGCCAUGGAUGAUGUGGAGGACAUUUACCCUUGUUCAAGCAUGCAGCAGGGUAUCUUACUCAGCCGUUCUCGCGAUAGCUCACUGUACGCUGUACAUGACACCUUUGAAAUUAGAGGUGCAGCACACAAGCCUGAUAUCGACCGUUUGACCCUCGCCUGGCAGAAAGUGGUUGAUCAUCAUGGGAUGCUGCGGACUAUUUUCCCCGAGAAUUUGAACAGCCGCGACUUAUACUGCCAGGUGGUACUCAAAGCUUUCAAAUCUAAACCGACUUGUGUGGUGUGUGCAGAUGAAAGCGAGGUGCUGUCAACCCUUGACAAGCAAGAGCCAGUGACCUACAAUGACAAACAGCCACCCCAUCGGCUUACGAUCUGUCAAACAACUUCUGGCAAAUUAUUCUGUCGACUGGAAUUGAAUCACGUCGCCAUGGAUGGCGCAUCAAUUUCCAUUAUUAUCCGGGAUUUGCAGUUAGCGUACCAAGGAAAGCUCGAUGACCCCAGGCCAAAGUUCAAGGACUAUGUGCGUUAUCUUCGUGAAGCUCCUCAGGAAGCCAGUAUUGAAUAUUGGCGCACAUACUUGCGGGAUACCAAACCCUGCAAUUUCCCUGUCCUCAACGAUGGCAACGAUGCUACAAGACGACUACAGACUAAGAGAUUGAACUGUGCACCAUUCAAAGCGCUUCAGAGCAUCUGCGAGAAGAACGGCCUUACUCUGCCGACCGCUUUCAGCGCUGCAUGGGGGCUAACUCUUCGCUCUUUUUGCGGAUCUGACGAUGUUUCUUUCACAUAUUUGGCAUCAUUAAGGGACGUCCCAGUAGAGGGCAUCGAGUCUGUUGUCGGGCCCGUCAUCAAUACGUUGACCUGCCGGAUAAAGUUUCCUGAAGGAGCUUUGCUGAAAGACAUCCUCGCAAAGGUGCAAGAGGACAACCUGGAAAAUUUGCCGCACAGACACGUGCCCCUUGUUACCAUCCAACAAGCUCUGAAACUAUCGGGCCCAUUGGCUAACAGUGGGAUUUCGUACCGGAAGCUUCCAAACCAGAACGUUCCAUCGAAGGGAGGUAUUCAAUUCUCGGAAGUUGGCACAAUUCACGACCCUGCAGAGGCACCCAUUUUUAUAAACGUCGAGGCUGCAGAGGAUGACGCGCAUAUUGACCUGAACUACUGGACCGAUCACCUAUCCGACGGGCAAGCAGAUAAUGUUGCCAGCGCGUUCCUCAAGUCGCUUGAAAAUAUCGUGCAUCAUUUUGAUGCUGAGGUUCAUCAGAUUGAUAUCUUCAGCGAAGCCAACAAGCAACAAUUAAUGCUUUGGAACAGCAAAGCGCCAGAGCCUGUCGACGAAUGCAUUCAUGAGGUGCUUGACAGAUACUCGAAGUCUGAACCUCAAGCUGUGGCAAUUGCGGCUUGGGACGGAAACCUUACCUAUGCCAAGCUCAGCGAGUUGUCCUCGCUCCUUGCAACCUACCUGGCGCAGCUUGGUGUGGGCUAUGGGACUGUGGUGCCGAUCGAUUUCGCCAGAUCCUCCUGGCAGAUUGUAGCUGUCUUGGCUGUUCUGAAGGCUGGUGGGAUAUGCGUUCCGGCUGAUCUGAAUUGUCUACCACAGCCUUUUGAGACUUGGCUCAUCGAUAACGAAAUCCAGGUUGCUCUCGCGUCUCCAACCCGAGCGCAGCUGCUUGAAGGGGCCGUCCCAUAUGUUAUUCCAGUUGGCAGGCCCCUUUUCGAAUACCUUCCGGACACCGAGGCAGAUUUCAAGUCCCCUGCUCAGCCAUGGAACGACGGAUAUGUUGUGUUCAGCGCUGCGAGUCCCAAAGCUAUCACACUUGACCACCGUGCAUUAACAACUCGAGCAAGGGGUUUCGCUUCAGCUCUUGGGCUUAGUGCCAAAACCAAGAUGCUCCAAUAUGCCACAUAUACUUCUGAUAUGUUCCUUCAGGAAGUAUUUGGCUCACUUGUGUGCGGUGGAUGUGUUUGCAUACCGUCCGAUGAUGGCCUGAGCGACCUGUCGAAAGCGAUCAAUAUGUUGCAGGCAAACUGCGCCAGCCUGACUCCAUCAAAGGCCACGAGCCUACAGCCAACAGAUGUUCCAGGGCUUGGUUUACUUGCCUUAUGGGGUGAACGGUCAUCACCAAAGCUCAUUUCCACCUGGUCAAAGAAAGUUCAAUUGCACACACUCUAUGGGACGCCGGAGUGCUCCUCCACUUGCGUCCAAAACUCACAAUUCGAUGAGUGGGAUGGACUGCCACUUAUGGGAUCAAGUAUUGGUUGCAUUCCAUGGCUUGUGGAUCCUUGCAAUCACGAUGUUUUGGUUCCGAUAGGUUGUGUUGGUGAAUUGAUGAUAGAGGGCCCUGGACUUUCCCGUGGUUACCUUCACAACGAGGAGCUGACACAAUGCAGUUUUGUUGAGAACCCUGUGUGGAGACAGACUUAUGAGACCCAAUCAGGAACUGACAAAGAUGGAAGUUUGGAGUCACAAGAACCUACAUAUCGGUUGUUUAAGACUGGAGAUUUGGCCCGUUACAAUUCUGACGGCACUCUGGUUUACAUGGGGAAGAAGGGAGGAGCCCUUCAUUGGCGGCAACAAACAGAGGCCAUGCACCUUGAACAGCAUAUCGCACCACUUUCAACCCUCAAUACUCAGUACGCUGUCGAAGUAAUCGACAAAACGAGCGAAAAAGCUCCUGGACCAUCUCUGGCGGUUUUCAUUUUCGAUGGCACAGUCGGUACGAGCUAUAACGAGGAGCAACGACAUAUCGGGCAAAUGACACCUGAAAUGCAUGACUUGGCACUGAAGCUGCAUACUAAGCUGUCAAGUUCUUUGCCAGCAAGCCGGGUUCCAAGCUUUUACUUCCCGAUGCCUAGCAUGCCGUUGAACUCGUCUGGCAAGCUAAACCGCCAGCUCUUAAGGGAUGCAGCCCAACGCUUGCCAGGAGCCGCACUGCUUAGAUACAAUAUAAAGAGCUUCAGUGACUUCUGGCGAGCUCAGUUGACUGACUCGACAGGUUUACAUGAGUUUCCUUCACCCCGCUCUUCGCCUUUGCAUAGUGGAUCCGUCACCAAGCAAGCAACAAAGGCUGUCCAGAUGUCCUGGUGUGACACGCUCAAGUCAACGACCCUAGGUCCAAGAUGCGCUCUCCUUUCCGCAUGGGCUCUGACCAUCCAUGGCUACACCAGUUCUAACGACAUUGCAUUCGGGGAGUCGCUGCUGAACGCAGAGCCAGUAUUGACUGACAGUCAUGACAAUCACACACAGAGCGCAGCCAUCGUCCCCAGACGCUUCAAAAUUGACAACGGGUGGACUGUCACCGAGUUGUUGAACAUGGUCAAGGAUAACUUGGCCGCAACCGAGCCUUACCAAUGGGCUGGAAUCCAGCAGAUUCAGAACUUGAACGCUGACACAGCACGGGCCUGCAACUUCAAGAACUCACUUACCAUUUUGGACAUGCGCAACCAGCGAUCAAGCUUGAUGAUCGAACAACAGGAGUUUGAUAUCCAGGGCACAGAGUGUGCUAAGCAUUAUCCCUUGGUGGUCGGUUGCAUUGUUGACGACGAGAAGCUUGAAAUUGUGGUUCGUUACGAUGAGAACACGCUAUAUGCUUCUCAGCUCGAACGCCUGACUGUUCAAUUCCUGGCUUGUGUCGACCUUAUCAACUCUGAAGCCAGUAUGAGCAAGACAGUUGGUGACUUAUCCAGGGACAACAAGAACUUCUGCGCAUUCCGCCAUGAUGUCGCUUAUUGGGAUACUUAUCUUGGCGACGUUGAAGCCUGUCUCUUUCCAUCUCUCUGUGCAAACGCAGAGCAGACUAUGCAUGCUGAGACGAAGCUGAUACUCGAUAAUACAGAGAGCUUACAAGCUUUCUGUGAAAGUGCCGGUGUCAGCAAGAACACUCUUCUUCAACUCGUCUGGGGGUUAGUUUUGCGUUGCUACACAGGCUUGCGGGAUGUCUGCUUCGGCUACCAAGCAUUGGGCGCAAGCCACAAAAACGAAGAGGCCGGCUCUGCGGAGUCUCCAAUUGUUACGGACACCUUUGCUUGCAAAAUGCUCUUUCAGGAUGAAUUGCAAGUUGAGUAUCUUUUGAAGAAGCGACUUGAUGAACUGAAUCAAAUGCUGCAGCAUCAGCUGCCUUUCUCCGAGGUCCAGCAAGAGCUUGAACAUGGUAAUAGCGCUAUAUUCAACACUGUCUUCCGUUAUUCAGAGCAAUCCAAAGAUGCCUGCGAGACGCAAGAUGUGGCCAGGCUCGCUGGUCUUGAUCUAAGCAACUGUAUGAUUGCUGUCAACGCCGUUUUCUCAGAAGCAUCUGGAACGCUCUCGUUCGGAUAUUCUACGAAGCAUUUCUCAAGCGCUGACAUUAACGGUGUUCUUGAUUGUUUCAAACAUAUCAUGGAAUUCAUAGUCAAUACUCGCCCAGGCAUCACGAUCGGCGAGAUUGACUUUGUCAGCGAGCUUUCUAGUCAAAAGAUAAGCGAGUGGAACUCUGUGUUGCCGGAUCGGCCUGUGCUAUGCGCGCAUGAGCUUAUCCAACAGCAAGCGCUCAGUCUUCCUUCAGCCCCUGCAAUCUGUUCGUGGGAUGGGGACUUUACACAUGCCCAACUUGACAUACUAUCGACUCGACUAGCGCACCACCUAGUGGGCCUGGGGGUCAAGCCUGAAGUAUUUGUUGCGUUGUGCUUCGAAAAGUCAGCCUGGGCUGUUGUUGCACAGGUUGCUGUUUUGAAAGCUGGAGGAGCCUUUACUUCCUUGGAUCCUACUCACCCCGAAAGUCGCCUGAAAGGCAUGAUGGAAGACCUCGGUACUCAGGUCAUCCUCUGCUCUGAAACUCACUACGAAAAAGCUUCCGGUAUCUGUCGCUCUGCAGUUAUCGUUAGUAAUGGCGCCAUUGAUCAGCUCCCCCAUGCACCUUCUACGGCACCAACCCAGAAGGUAACCGCAGACAACGCAGCUUACGCUAUAUUCACAUCAGGAACCACAGGAAAACCCAAGGUGACGGUACUUGAACAUGUUGGACUCACCUUGGCUUGUACCGACCUCGCCAGGGCGUCGUAUAUAGACUCAGAUACCCGCGCACUGCAAUUCUCUAGCUACACUUUCGACGUUAGCAUAUUGGAGAUCAUUAUCGUCCUCGCGGCCGGUGGCUGUGUCUGCGUUCCUAGCGAGGAUGAGCGCUUGAACAACCUGUCUGGAGCCAUCAGAAGGAUGAGUGCCAAUUUCAUGAGCGCCACGCCUUCCAUCGUGAAUACCCUGGAUCCCAAGGAGGUUCCUUCACUGAGAACGUUGAUCCUAGGAGGAGAGAAGAUGACAGCAAGCCAUUUUGAGCGAUGGGCUGAUCGGUGUAUCGUCAAUGCCUACGGCCCGUCCGAGGCUACUGUCGCUUUUACUGCCAGCACCAAGUUUGAUCACACAGGAGCUCAACUUAGUGAUGACUACGGAUCUAUUGGCACUGCUAUUUGCGGCAGGACGUGGGUCGUUGAUCCCCAGAACCACAAUCUCCUUGUACCUGUUGGCGCAGUGGGAGAGCUUGUUCUUGAGGGAUGCACUGUUGCACGCGGCUACCUCAAUAAUGAAGAGAAAACCAAGGCCGUCUUUGUCCACAAUCCGGAAUGGACCAAGCGUGAUGGACUGCAACAUAUCCUUAGGCGCAAGGAACGGAUGUACCGCACAGGGGAUUUGGUGCGCUACAACUCCGACGGCUCGCUUGGCUUUAUCUCGCGUAUAGACACGCAAGUGAAGUUGAACGGCGUGCGCAUCGAACUAGAAGAAGUCGAGCAACAGUGUAUCCGCAACCUCCCAGCAGACACUCAGGUCGCUGUUGAGGUUGUUGCUCCAGAGGCGAAGACUGUGGCGAAAUGUUUGGCGGCAUUCUUCAUCGUGAACGAGGACGACUUCCAAGGGACAGUGGACGACGAUUUGAUACUUCCAAUGACUGCCUCCAUGGUGGACAUUGUCAAGAAACUGCACGGAUCCCUGAGCGAGACCCUGCCGCUCGCUAUGGUCCCCAAGCUUUACUUUCCCAUGCGGCGCCUGCUAUUUGGUAGCACUGGCAAGAUUGAUCGGAAAGCACUUCGAGCCAUGGUGGAUAAACUCAGCAAGGAACGCUUGAGGCCUUAUGUGAUCUUCAAUGUUGGCGCAGGACACCUCUCGGAAGUGGGAACGGAAGGGACGGAGGGUGCUCUCCGGGAGCUGUGGGAGGAAGCUCUUAACCUUGCCCCAGGCUCUAUCAGCGUCGAAGACAACUUCUUCGGAUUGGGUGGCGACUCGUUCUCUGCCAUGAAGCUCGUCGUAUCUGCGGCUUCCCAGGGAAUUUCGCUUACAGUGGCCGACAUAUACCAAUCCCCCAUCUUCAGGGACAUGGCAAAUAACUGCGGGGCUCUAGAAACGCAGACUGAGGUACCGACAGUGGAACCAUUUGCCAUCCUACCUCAGUCACUGUCACUCGAGGAGAUCCUGGAGGAGGUUUCCGGUCAAUGUGGCGUGCCCAAGGAGCAGAUUUCAGACCUCUACCCUUGCAGUCCAAUGCAAGAGGGCUUGCUCACACUCUCUAUCAAGCAACCUGGAGCCUACGUUGCUCGACCUGUAUUCCAACUUGCAAAGGGAGCCGACCUCGAAAAGUUUAAAGCAGCCUGGCAAAAGGUGGUUGACGAAAUGGAUAUCUUGCGGACUCGGAUCGUUCACACAGAAAGCGCCAACUUCGUUCAGGCCGUGCUUACUGAUGCCCCCAUUUCCUGGGAGUUGGCAACAGACUUUGAUGGUCUAACAGGUGAAAGUAUUGAUCUGGCAAGAAACAACGGAGGUUUGCUUACUGGAUAUGGAAUUGUCGCGCCUGAAACCUCUUCUACACGUUACUUCGUUUGGACCAUCCAUCACGCUCUCUAUGAUGGAUGGAGUGUGGCACAGAUCCUUCGAAGAGUCGAAGAGGUGUAUGGGGGUUCCUCGAAUCCCAGUCCAGCGCUUCCUUUCAAGUUGUUCAUCAAGCACUUGGUCGAACAAGAUGCGCUAUCUUCGGACGAAUUCUGGAAGACCCACCUCGCAGGCCUAUCCUCCUCCCCCUUCCCUCAGAACAAGCCGUCGCCUGAUGCCAUCCGCGUAGGCAACCGGCAUUACAGCUCAGUUCAGAUCUCUCGCGCACCAAAUGGCCCCUCUUUGACUGUCCCCGAGAUGAUCCGAGCUGCGUGGGCGAUGGUGGUCGCUGUCCAUACCGGAUCUGGUGAUGUUUGCUUCGCUGAGACACUCAUGGGUAGAAAUAUUGAUAUGCCUGGUGCCAUGGAUAUCGCGGGACCCGCCCUUACAACAGUUCCCAUUCGCAUCGCUGUUGACCACGAGCUCUCAAUCGUUCAAUAUCUGGACAGUGUGCGUCAACUGACCACCAUGAUGAUGCCUCAUCAGCACUCCGGACUUCAACGAAUCCGCAAGCUCAGCAGUGAUACCGCCCUUGCUUGCGAAUCCCAGAAUUUGUUGGUUAUCCAAUCUGAAGAAGGCCAAUCCGACGACAACAUCUGGGAGAUGAAGCACAACCUGACCGAAGGUGAUUUCUUCACUCAUCCGAUUGUUGUUGAGUGCAAGGUCGGCGAAUCCCAAGUGGCUGUCACGCUCCACCACGACGAGCUUGUUUUCGACAGCUGGCAAGCUCAGAUGCUCAUCGAACAGUUUAUCUUUGUUCUAGGUCAGCUGUUUGCGAUCGCUAAUGGUGAAACUAGGAAGGUCGGAGACCUUGAGGUUUCUAGUCCUAGAGAUAAGGAAGAAAUUACUUCCUGGAAUCAGAGAGACCUGACUUGCAUCGACAGAUGUGUCCACCAUAUCAUUGAAGAGAAGGCAUCCCUCCGACCGGAAGCUCCAGCCAUUUGCUCUUGGGACGGGCAGCUUUCAUACCAGGAAUUACAUCACCUUUCUUCUUCGUUUGCAGCCUACUUGAAGACUCGUGGUAUCGGUCCGGAGACUCUGGUUCCGAUCUGCAUGGACAAAUCCCUAUGGGCAGUGGUCACCAUACUCGGUGUUCUCAUUGCCGGCGGAGCAUUUGUUCCCCUUGAUCCUGCCCACCCAACGUCACGACACAAGGAGAUCUUGGCUGAGGUCGACGCUCGCGUCGUUCUCUGCUCUCCCAAGUACCACAAUCGGUACACUGGUGCUGUCAAAGCGAUCAUCCCCGUCAGCAAAGAGACAAUCAAGGCCUAUUGUGCUCUUACAGCGACAGGUGCCAAGGGAUCUAACAGUGCUACGCCGACCAACAUGGCAUUUGCUAUCUUUACCUCUGGCAGCACAGGCCGUGCCAAGGGUAUCAUUAUCAACCAUCGGGCACUUGCCAGCAGUGGUAUGGCAUUCGGGCCCAUGGUGCACCUCAACGAAAAUUCCCGAGCCUUCCAAUUUGCAUCCCUUACCUUUGACGCAGCUGUCAUGGAAGUUCUUGUUACCUUGAUGCAUGGUGGUUGCGUCUGCAUCCCCAGCGAGGACGAACGCUUGAAUGAUGUGGCUGGAGCCAUCCGGCGGAUGAAUGUCUCUUGGUCAUUCCUAACUCCAUCCAUCGCCAGCAUCAUUGAGCCAUCAUCUGUGCCAUCCCUCAAGGAUCUCGUAUGCGGUGGAGAAAAGAUGUCACGCGAAGUGAUUACAAAAUGGGCACAUCGGGUAAACCUAAUGAAUGGUUACGGGCCGACCGAGACCACGAUCUUUGCGGUCAUCAACACCAAUGUUGCUGCCAAUCCGGAUCCCGCAUGUAUCGGCCAUGGUAUUCCUUGCACUCUAACCUGGGUCGUCGAUCCCGACGAUCACAAUAAGCUGACUCCCUUGGGUGCUGUUGGUGAACUCGCACUGGAAGGCCCGGCGCUGGCCAGGGAAUAUCUCAAGAACCCCAAGAAGACAGCCGAGGCGUUCGUGGAUGAGCCGGCGUGGAUCAAGAACUUUCCAAGCGAUCUACCUUCUCCGAGAAGGAUCUACAAGACUGGAGACCUUGUUAAGUACAAUUCUGACGGCUCUGUCGAAUACAUCGGACGCAAAGACCAUCAAGUGAAACUCCACGGUCAGCGCAUGGAGCUUGGAGAGAUCGAGCACCGGUUAUACGAGGAUCCACGAGUCCGACACGCUGUGGUCAUACUACCCACGACUGGACCUCUUAAGCAACGACUGGUCACGGUUCUGUCGCUCAACUCAGUAACUGCGGAGAAGAGCAUCAUUUCCGACAAUGCUUGUGAGCUUGUCGGUCGAGACGGAUCCGCACUGUCGGCUUACCAGGAGCUUGUUUCGAUCCAGAAGAGCCUGGAGACCCAGCUUCCUAUCUACAUGGUUCCACAGGCCUGGGCGCUUAUCAAGCAGCUCCCUAUGCUUGUGUCUGGAAAGCUGGACCGGAAGCGGAUCACUGCUUGGCUGGAACGUAUUGACGAUGCCUCUUACGAUCGCAUCAUGGAGGAUUACGACAGCAUCAAAAGGGGAGAUAUUGAGCAAGAAGAAGAGCAAAAUGACAAGGAAACUUCAGCCAAAAUCUUCAAGGAUAUCGUUUCCCAGGUCCUCAAUCUGCCACCCCACAAGGUUGAUUUGGACCGGUCAUUCGUGAGCCUAGGAGGCGAUAGCAUUACUGGAAUGGCCGUCAUUUCUCGCGCCCGUAAACAGGGACUCGCACUGACCCUUCACAGCGUGCUUCAGACAAAGUCGAUCAAGGAGCUUGCUCUAGCUACGGAAACAAAAGUGCAAGCGGUCCAACGGGAGGAGAAGUCCCAUGAGUCCUUUGAGCUAUCUCCCAUCCAGGGAUUGUUUGUUCGCUCAGCAUCUAACUUCCGGGAUACGGCUCGCUUUAACCAAAGCAUGACAGUGCGCGUUACUCGAAAGAUUGAGGCAAAGAGUAUGGAGAGCGCCAUUAGGGCUGUCGUUGAGCAACACUCUAUGUUCAGAGCGCGGCUAUUCAAGUCUCGCAACGGGAAAUGGCAGCAGAAAAUAACUGAUGACGUCGAUGCCUCUUAUCGCUUCCGCCAUCAUGCCGUUGACAGUGAAAAGGCGAUCCUACGCAAGAUCGGCGAGAGCCAACGAUCAGUGGAUGUCCAGCACGGUCCUAUCGUUGCUGCGGACUUGUUUGAAGUGCGCGGCGACAUGCAGAUUCUUUUCCUAGUCGCCAGUCAUAUUUGUGUCGAUAUGGUAUCCUGGCGCAUUGUUCUGCAGGAUAUCCAAGACUUCCUCGACGCUGGAUCGUUAUCCGCCGAGAAGCCCUUGUCAUUCCAAGCUUGGUGCAACCUUCAACUUGAAGAGAGCAAAAAGACAAAGGGCAGGAUCGAACUUCCCUUCUCCAUCCAGCCUCCUAAUCUGAGCUACUGGGGAAUGGAACAAUCACCGAACCUCUAUGGGCAUGUCAAAAUGGAAGGAUUUACUCUGGAUGCUGCGAUCUCAGCACAAAUCCUUGGGGCAUGCCAGAAGGUUCUUCGCGCCGAGGCCAUUGAAGUCAUACUCUCGGCUGUUGUUCACUCCUUCCGCCGAACCUUUACCGAUAGGGAAGUGCCAACGAUAUACAACGAGGGUCAUGGUCGCGAGUCCUGGGAUAGUUCUAUUGAUCUUUCGAGAACCGUGGGCUGGUUCACAACCAUGUGCCCUCUGCAAGUCGGGGAUGGAUCAGAUCUACUGGACACCUUGAAGCGUGUCAAGGAUACGAGGCGUCAUCUCGCCAGUAAGAGCCGACCAUACUUUGCGGAAAGCUUGCUUGAUCCGGAAGGAAAACCAGCUGCCAACUUCCCCGUCCCGCUUGAGAUUCUUUUCAAUUAUCUUGGCCAACUUCAACAGCUGGAGCGGGAUGACUCCCUCUUCCAGCAUUACGGCGAUGCAUACAAUGCUGAAACCUUCGAGCUGGCGGGAGAUAUGGGGUCGAAGACGCCCCGGUUUGCCCUCUUCGAAAUCUCGGCGCUCAUCAUCAAGGACAAGCUUCAGGUAUCGUUCACCUACAACCAGCACAUGCAACAUCAACAACAAAUCCAUGGCUGGAUAUCUGAAUGUAAACGAGUGCUGGAGGAGGAUACGCUUCGCCUCGGAGAUUCCACGCCUGAACCGACACUCAGCGACUACCCCUUGCUGCCAAUCACCUACGACGGACUGAACAAUAUGAUCAAGAACACAUUCCCCAAGGCUGGACUCGAUAGUUGGAAUCAGGUUGAAGACAUUUAUCCUUGUUCUCCGGUGCAAGAAGGAAUCCUUCUCAGUCAGCUCCGAGACCCGAAGGCCUACCUGUUCCAUGUCAUCUUUGAAGUCCGUCACUCGAAAGGCAGCGCGGUGGAUACAAACAAACUCCGAAAGGCAUGGUCUAUGGUUGUCAGCCGGCAUCCUGUCUUGAGGACCGUUUUCAUCGAUAGCAACUACAAGGGCGGCUCUUUCGACCAGGUGGUGGUUAAAGCGCUCGAUGAUGAGGUGAUUGAGUUCCAGUGUCCUGAAUCGGAUGCCUUGGGAACACUCGCAGAAAUCCAGCUUCGCGAUAUCAAUGCUGAGAGAUCGACCAAGCUUACUCAUCAGGUGACGCUCUGCAGGACGUCCUCGGGGCGGGUUCUCUUCAGGAUUGAGAUGAAUCACGCCAUUAUUGAUGGCGGAUCGGUGGACCUGCUUCUAAGGGAUCUGGCGCUUGCAUACAAUGAUCAGCUUCCUGCUGGAACCGGGCCACUUUUCAGCGAGUAUGUCAAGUACGUCAAAGGCCACGCCCAGGAAGAAGCUGCAGCACAUUGGGUACAGUAUCUUUCUGGUGUUCAACCCUGCCACCUGUCGUUCUCUCCCGGAACAGAUGGCAGCCACAAGCUCGGUGAGCGCAUGAUCAGUUUCAAGCGCUUCCCUGAGCUACAGAAAUUCUGCGAAGAGAAUUCCGUUACACUUGCCAACCUGACCCUUUGUGCCUGGGCACUUGUGCUUCAGAGCUGGACGGGUUCAGAUGACGUCUGCUUUGGAUAUCCAUCUGCUGGACGUGAUUCCCCUGUUCCCGGAAUCCAGGACGCAGUCGGCAUCUUCAUCAACAUGCUGUGCUGCAGGGUCAAGUUCGCUCCUGGCCAGACCCUUCUCGACAUUGCGAAGAAGGUGCAAGAUGACUUUAUCAAGAAUGUGCCGCAUCAACACUGCUCUCUGGCUCAGAUCCAGCAUGAGCUUGGAUGGCACGGGGAGACACUCUUCAACACCACGCUUUCCAUACAGAAUCGCUCGGCGCACGAAGGUGCUGGGAAGCAAGUUCUCCAAUUCGAUGUCCAAAAGGCUCACGAUCCGACCGAGUAUCCCGUGACGGUGAAUGUUGAGACUACCAAGGGCAGGGAGGGGGUGCUGCUCAGGUACUGGAGCAACUCCGUGACUGAGACUCAGGCAAAGGACCUAGCAGAUGCCAUCACCAAGGUCUUUACAUGCUUCGUUGAGGAGCCGUCGAAGCUGGUUUCGAGCUUGAAUCUCCGCAACAAGCUACCCCAGAACCGGAUCUCCCAGUCUAACAGAGAGCCUAUCAUUGCAGACCACUUGAUCGACAGCUAUGCCCUGCAGAAACUCAUCGAUGACCGCGUUAAUGAGAUUAUCGGGCAGAUGCUGAAGGAGGGCAAGCUCACCAUACCUCUUGCUCAAAGCCAAGAUACCAGAUACUCGCAUGGCCCUGUCCAUCUCAAGAUGGAGGCUUCAUUUCAGGAGAACGAGAUCUCCGAUGAAAAUGAUCUUGCAAACUCUACACCAUCCCUGACCGAUGAUGGCAGAACCUCAACUGACAACGACAGACGCCUCUGGGACCUGUGGAAGUCGACCCUGGGGCUGUCUUCAGAUUCCAUUCAAUACCGGGCCAGCUUUUUCAAGCUAGGUGGCGAUAGUAUCACGGCGAUGAAGAUGGUCAGCGCCGCGCGAGAGGAGGGCCUGCAGAUGACGGUGGCAGAUGUGUUCAACAACCCAGUGUUUGAGGACAUGCUGACCGUCAUUGCGCCGACGAGCAGUCCGACGUCGAAUGCCGAAACCCAGUGCGGAAACAAUAUCGAGAAGCUCCUGGAGGCUGGGGAGGAAGAGCUCUCCGACCCUACCCCGCCACAGGAUAUUUCCGUGUUGAGACCGAUGCAGCUCGACGCCAUGUCGCUGCUGGAUGUCAUCUGCCCCAAGAUCGGGGUGUUCAAAGGAGGCAUCGCCGAUGUCCUCCCCGUCACGGAUUUCCAGUCCAUGUCAAUCGCCGCCACCCUCUUCGGGUCGAGAUGGAUGUUGAACUAUUUCUUCCUCGAUGGUAAUGGUCCACUCGACAUUAGACGGCUGCGGGAAAGCUUCUUGCGGGUUGUCGAUGCUUUUGACAUUCUCCGGACCGUCUUUGUCUGCCACCGCGGGCAGUUCUUCCAGGUGGUGCUGCGAAAGAUUCGACCGGACAUUUUUGUGCAUGAGACGGAGCAGAGCCUGGACGAAUACACCAACAACUUGCAGAAGCAGGACCGCGAACAAGAUCCCCGGCAAGGCGAGCAAUAUGUGCAAUUCUACGUGGUGAAGAAGAAGCAGACCAACCAGCACCGCAUUCUGAUCCGGAUGUCGCACGCUCAGUUCGACGGUGUUUGUCUGCCAAAAAUCAUGAACGCCAUCAAGCUGGGCUACGAGGGCAGCACGCUUCCUCCAGUCUUUUCGUUCUCCAACUACAUGCGGAUGCUCCCUGGAAACAUCACUCCGGUCCACUACCACCACUGGUCCACUAUUCUCCGGGGCUCGAAGAUGACCGAAAUCAUCCGACGCACGCGGCCCAAUACCUUUAUGCACAUUGGUGCUUUCGCAGAGCAGAAGAAGACCAUUGUGAUCCCAUCGACGGCGAUUGGCAACGUCACCCUUGCGACCGUCAUGCAGUCUGCGUGGGCCGUGACCUUGGCGAAGCUGACUGCUCAGUCUGACGUGGUCUUUGGGCUCACGGUCAAUGGCCGGAAUGCCAGUGUUCCUGGCAUUGAGACCACCGUUGGACCCUGUCUCAACAUCCUUCCUAUCCGGGUCAAGUUCCGGGAACAGUGGACUGGACUGGAUCUGUUCCGUUAUCUCCAGGACCAGCAGAUCGCCAACAUGCCAUACGAGUCGCUCGGGUUCCGAGAGAUUAUCAGAAACUGCACCGAUUGGCCCGACUCGACGUACUUCACCACGUCUGUCUUCCAUCAGAAUGUCGAGUACGAGGGGCAGAUGCACCUCGACGGCAACCCAUACCGAAUGGGAGGUGUGGGCGUCCUUGACAACUUCACCGACCUCACGCUGGCCUCCAAAUCCUGCGGUCAGGAGAAACUAGAUGUCUCCAUUGGGUAUUCGCUCAAGGGGCCCAUUCCACCCGCCUUCAUUACCAAAGCCCUGCACAUGGUCUGCGAGACCGUCCAAAGCCUGAUCGCCAACCCCAGCGUCCCACUGGCCUCCCCAGCCACCAUCCGUUCCCUCCCUAGCCAGGUGGUCCAGGAAGCACCCAGUACAUCUGACGCACCCUUCCUCUCAUCCAACCUCCACAGCCAGAAGAUGUCGGAGAUUGUCAUCCACUCGGACAUCCUCACCCGGGCCUGGCAGCAGGUGCUGCCCCGACGGACUCAGAACACCCCAUACCAACUUGACGCGUCUUUCUUCGAUCUCGGCGGAGACAUUAUGAACGUCGCCCAGCUGGUCUGGAUUCUAGGCGAAGAAGGCUUCCGGGUGCGUCUGGAGGAUCUUCUCGAGCACCAUACAUUCCUCGGCCAGAUGGCCGUGAUGGCGAUGCACCACCAGAAGGUGGAGAAGAAGGAUGCCGCCGCCCCGACUGAAGGACCUGCCAAUGAUAUGUCCAUGACCAUGACCAAGUCCAACAGCUGGAGCUCAUUGGGCAAAGCGAUGACGCUGGCUAGGAAAAUUACAAAAUGGGGAAGUGUCACUGCACGAAAGUGAUCAUGCAUACAUCUUAAAACACAUUCUUUGACUAUACUUUCCAUUUUUGUCAUGUAUCCUAUUGUGUUCUACUUGCAUAUGGCUCCAGCACAUACACUUCCAUGAUCCUACCCGGAAUUUGUUUUGUCUUCACCUGUUUAUUGAUGUUUUGGUUAAACCGAGUAUAAAGUUAGAUGUCCUGUUAAUAGUAGAAUUCAUACAUAUUACCUUC